AGACUGCCCACUGUUAGUCCAAGUUUAUCUCCCCUGCGAUAACUUCUUACCAGCUCUUAUCACUUCUUCACGGUGACCACCAUGGCGCCGCCAGCAGCUGCGCUGAGCAGCCUGUCCAAUGCUCUGGCUACAGUAGAGCAGCUGUCGAGCUCUUCCUCGUCGAUUGACGGCGUGGCCCCUGAUCUGGAGGCCUCCAUCCGUUUUGCGGGCGCCCAGCUUACCCAGGCGGCUGGCAUUCUUCUACGUCUGUCGCAGGAUAUCAUCGCCCAGGCGAUCGUGACGUUUACUCGAUUCUGGGCUGGACCGGAGGGGGGGAGUCUACGUAUCUACUCCGUCAAGGAUGUGUCCGCCGCAGCGCUGUACAUGACGGCCAAGCUUUCCUUUGAACCCACCUCCCCUCGAUCAGUAUUGAAUGUCUAUGCACUUCUCCUUUCAAAAGAGGCAUCGCCUCUUUGGUUCGUCAAUCCGCGACGACAGGAUCCCACCGAUAAGCCCGCACCUGCACCCGAAACGUACUACCUCUCCGAAGGCGACUACCAGACCCAGCGACAGGUUCUCUUCCGUAUCGAAUCGGUCAUCCUACGAACGCUCGGAUUCAACACUCACGUUGUCCUGCCUCAUACCGUCGCGUUGACCUACUUGCAGACGCUGGGCGUGUCGACCCCGGCGCUCGCCAACCGUGUCUUCGAACACCUCAACGCGGGGCUUCUCUCGCCCCAACUGCUAUACUUGACGCACCAGCCCAACGCCCUGGCCGUUGCGGCUAUCUAUCUGGCCGCGCGCGAGGUCAACGUGAAGCUGGUGGACAGCGAGUGGUGGGAGGUGUUUGAUGUGGACCGCGAGCAGCUGGGUUUCCUCGUCGUGGGUAUGAAGAGCAUGGAGGGGUUCGCCCGGGCGGAGAAGGUAAAGUGGGAGACGCGAACCGUUCCGUUGGUCGUCGAAGAUGUGGACGCAGAGAUCGAACGCCGGAGGAUGAUGGAGGAGGGCGGGUGA